AUGGAUUUGAAAUCUGACCAUAUUCGGGCCAUCAUCUAUUAUCAAUGGAUGCAGACUAAAGAGUUGGAUGAGAUUCACCAGCGCAUCAACACAGUAUUAGGACAUAAUACUGUAGGUUUUAGUACAGUCACCAAAUGGGUCCGUGAAUUUAAAAGAGGACGGCAGUCACUUGAAGACACCCCUAAACAGGGUCGGCCCGUUUCGGUGAAUACCCCGGAAAAUGCAGCGAUUGUCGAAGAUAUAAUAAGAGCUGAUCCAAGUGUUACAUACCAUGAGUUGGAGCAGAAAUCAGGCAUUCCGGGCACAACACUUAGAAGGAUAUGUGCUGACCAAUUAAAGGUACAGAAGAAACUUUGUCGUUUUGUACCCCAUCGUCUAAGUGAUGAGCAAAAAAAGGAUAGGUUGGAAAAAUGUCAACAAAAUCUAAAGCUCUGGAAGAAAGGCAAAGAUAAUACCAUCAAUAAGAUAGUAACAGGUGAUGAAGUGUAUGUUUAUUAUUACGAGCCAAAGCUGUCACGGGAAGCAAAGAUAUUUGUGUUUGAAGAUGAAGAACCACCGAGUGUUGUGAGAAAAGAAAAAACGAUUGGCAAAAUACUUUAUGCCAUAUUCUUCAGCUCAUCAGGUUUGGUGGAUGCGGUCAAAUUGGAAGGACAAAGGACUGUCACGGCUUUAUGGUACACCACACAAUGUCUUCCACGUGUGCUUGAAAAGGGCCCAAAAAAUGGUAUUUUGUUGCAUCAUGACAAUGCACCUGCUCAUACAGCAUGGUUGACAACAAACUUUUUGGCCGAAAAUCGGGUUAAGUUGGUACCCCACCCCCCCUACUCCCCCGACCUGGCAAUGUGUGAUUUCUGGCUCUUCAGUGGUUUAAAGCAUUUUCUUCGAGGUAAAGCCUUUUCUUCAGAAGAAGAGAUUGAUUCUGCAGUAAUGGAGUAUUUAGAGUCGAUUGAGAAAAAGGACUGGGAGGAGGCGUUUGAAAGGUGGAGGAGGCGUAUGACCAAGUGCAUUGAGGCAGAGGGGGAUUACUUUGAAUAA